AUCACAUUAAUCUUCAGCACGUGAAAUGGAAUGAACACCCCUACUUUUGAAAUGGACUAUUCUCAAGUCAUUGCGGAAGUAGAUUUUUCGUGGGUGUACAGUGGCGAGAUAGACUUCACAAAGAGCGGUUAGAUUUAAACGUUAGAAGAACCUUGAAAUCAUCAAUUAUGUCUGGAUUAAGGAAAGCCAAGAAAUAUGACUGGAAGGAUUCUAAUCUGGCAUUGUUUGGAUCAGACACAGAGAAAAAUAUCAAAAAGGAAUCUGCUGCCACAGAGCCAGCUUGGCAGAAAGCAGGUCAGGAAGUUGGCAUUCAGAUCUGGAGAAUUGUGAACUUUAAGGUGACACAAUGGCCCAAAGAGGACUAUGGAAAGUUCUACAAUGGUGAUUCUUACAUCAUUCUGAAUACCUAUAAAGAUGAUGAUGAGGAAGAGCUACAAUAUGAUGUCCAUUUCUGGAUUGGUUCACAAAGUACACAGGAUGAGUAUGGUACAGCAGCAUACAAGACUGUAGAGCUGGACACAUUCCUCAAUGACAAACCUGUCCAGCAUAGGGAGGUACAGGGGUUCGAAUCUGACAUGUUCAAGAGCUAUUUCAAGACCAUCACAAUAAUGAAAGGCGGUGCCGAUACGGGAUUCAGGAAGGUUAAACCAGAGGAGUACACUCCUCGCCUUCUCCACUUCUCAGGAACCAGAAAGAAUGUAGAAGUAAGGGAGGUAACCCGUAACAAAAAGAGUCUGAACUCUGGUGAUGUGUUUAUCUUAGAUCAGGGACUUAAGAUUUAUCAAUGGAAUGGUAGUGGCAGUAAUAAGGAUGAGAGGAUGAAGGCAAUGCAGUUCUUGAUUCAGUUGAAAAGUGAAAGAAAUGGAAGACCAAACACUGAGACCCUUGAUGAGGGUAGUACUGAACCUGGGCACGACUUCUUCAAGUCCCUGGAUGAGGAAGAUGAUGGUGAUGACGAUGUUAGCGGUUUUGUUGCACAGGAUGACCAGAAGGAACUUUACCGUCUCUCCGAUGCUAGCGGUCAACUGAAUUAUAAACUGGAGAAGAAGGGUGAUGUGUCAAUGGGUGACUUUGAUACCAAGGAUGUUUUCCUGUUGGACACAAAGAAGUCAUUGUUUGUUUGGAUAGGAAAAGGAGCCAGUGAAGCGGAAAGAAGAAAUGCAAUGGGUUAUGCACAUAAUUUUCUACAGAAAACUAAUCAUCCCUUGGUACCAGUCUGCUGUUUAGCAGAGGGUGGCAGACAGGAUGCCCAGUUUCAGAUGGCUAUUGCAGCUUAGAAAACAACAAAACUGUUAUAUAUACCGGGGGAGGAAAAUAGAAUAGCCGUUAAUAAUAUUUAAUGUAGGGGGGAAAAACUGACAAUUUUUAUAAUUUUGUAUUCUGAUAUCACAAACUUGUUAAAAUUCUAUGUAUUGACAUAAGCUGCCAUUUGUAUUCUUUUUGUUUUGGUUAUCUUUUGUUGUUAAGUCUUAAUAUUGCUAUUGUCUUUAGUAAUGCUAUAUUUGUAAUUGCUCUAAUUCCUGAAGCUGCUAUUAUUUAUUUAUUUGAUUUUAUACAUUUGUCCAACAAGACUAAUUUAGACAAAUAUUUAGGUACAAAGGAUUGGGGAAAAAAGAGUAAAGUUUAGGUCUAUAUUGUUGAAGAGUUUGCAUCUAUAAGCAGAAAUUUGUAAUGUUGUGGUAUUGAUAAUGAUUUUAUGUGUGAUAUGUAAAAUAAAUUUACUUUGAUUUUUUUUUUUUUUUUUUUUGGGGGGGGGGGGGGGGGGGGUUCUUAUUUCUAAGAAAUUAAUGCUGAUAAAAAUGCAUGAACGGAUUUAUCAUUUAAGCAGCCCAGUUUAUCUACUCAAAUUUUCCUCUUUUUUUUAGUAUAUUUUUUUUUCUGUAUUUGUUUUCUUUGUUUACCUACUAUGGGACCAUGUUUCGUUGUAUAUGUAUUGUAUGUUACUUAUUAUGUAAAGUGCACUUAGUACUUGAGACCAAAACUUUUAUAAUGUGAUAAUAUUCUUGUAUGAUCAUAAAUAAAGUUUUAUGAUAAGUGAAGUUGCAUUGGAAUCAUAAAUCACUGUCAA